CGUUUAGGGGGGCUUGAAGCAGAGUCGUCUUCGUGAGGCCUUAAGAACCUGCCAGGCGUAGAAGUGUAGAGCACAGCUCCGUCGUGGCCACGUUCUAUUAGUGGAGUGGCUGGGUCUGCGAUGAUGAUACAUUAUUUUACCUGCUAAGUGAAGACAAUUCCAACAACACACCAGAAGCAGAUCCCUCCAAGAUGGGCAACGCCAGCGGGAAAAACAGGAAGAAGAGGAGAACGCGGAAGGAGCUGGAGGAGCUGGCCAGCGUCACGGAGUUUGACGUGGUGGAGAUCAAACAGUGGUACAAGAGCUUCCUGAAGGACUGUCCGAGCGGACAGCUCACCGUGAAUCAGUUCGUUACGGUCUACAGUAACUUCUUCUCCACGGGAGACGAGAAGAGUAAGGAGAAGAUGGCGCGACAGGUGUUCCGCAACUUCGACAGAGACGGAGGAGGCACGGUGGACUUCCGCGAAUUCAUCUGUGCCAUGAGCGUCAUGUCCAGGGGAAGUACCGAGCAGAAGCUGAAAUGGGCUUUCAACAUGUACGAUCUGGACGGCAACGGGACCAUUUCAAAACGAGAACUACUGGAAAUCAUUACGGUAGUGUUCAACAUGAAAGAACGCGAGGUAAAGAAGCUUCCCGAAGACGAGUCCUCGCCUGAAAAACUGACAGAAAAGAUCUUCAGCGAGCUGGACACUGACCAAGAUGGCGAACUGAGUCUGAAGGAGUUCCUGGAGGGAAACAAGAGGAACCCUUCUAUUAUGAAGCUCAUGCAGCCAGGACCAUGAAUACCUUAUAUAGUGUAUAUAGUAAUAUUUAACAUUUGGUAGCCGCGUA